GGCUUACCACUGCGCUGCUAAGUCCAAGAAAAAGUGACUGUGAUGGCGAAAUUGGUGAGAAGGGAAAGCAACAGCUCUGGAAGCAUGAAGGAGUGGUCUUCCUCCAAUGCCUCCAUGCAGGGUUCGACGGAUUCUUCCGUCAGCGGAAAGCGGGCUCAUGCCACCGGACUGGUAAAGAUUCCACAAAGGUUGUUAAAGGUGGUGAAAAAGGUAUGGGAAGAGAGGGUGAAGUUCCCUCCAGGCUUCUCGAAUGCCCGUUUCCAGAAGAUGAGGGAUAUGAGUACGACGGCGGUAGGGGAGGAGGCAAAAGAAUCGGGCGGAUUGGCGGGCACAAACUUGAAGGAUGGGGAGCAGCUUCCCACCGAGGGUGCAGGAAAGGUUCAACAGGAACAUCCUUUCCAGAAGUCACAUUAUAUAAUGUCUGAGUGCCCGUCCUGGGCUCGUACUUUUGGGUGUCAGGUUUACUUCAACCAUGAGUUUGAUGGUGACCUGGCAAAGGAUCUAUCGCCACCAGGGAUGGAUGAAAUACUUCUGGAAAAGAAGGAAGAGGAGUUGGGCAUCGAUCAUCCAGACAGCUCAUUGAAAGGAGUUGGAUCAACAGCACCAGCAGAAGAGGUGGUGGGAGGCCCUGCUCGGCGAUCAAGCUUGCCUGGAGAGUUGCGAGGUAGGUCACGUCGAGGGACUCGAAGUCCGCGGGAUACCGACGGCUUAAGCAAACGUGGCUUGGAGAGCAUAAUGGCGGUCAUGGCCGGGAAGCCGCCCUUGGAAAACCCGCCGGACGCUCUGACACAGAAUCGUCCAAGUAUCAGCAGACACCAGAGCAUUGGUCCCAGCAUCCCAAAGCAAGCCUCGUUAGCUGACAGGGCCAAGAUUGAGGAAUGGUGUGCAAGACAACUAACCAAAGUUACACCUACCAGUUCAGCAGAGGCACCAAACGGUGGCCAGACACAUCCGAUGGUGUUGCUGCAGUUUAGUGAGGUAAGCAAUUGCACGUGUAUGAUGCAGCGUGAUGACUUAAUGUAUAGUGAGGUAAGCAAUUGCACGUGUAUGAUGCAGCGUGAUGACUUAAUGUAUGUAUUGUAAUGAAAUUAGCGGUCUAUAAGAAAUGGCAGGAAGGUGCCCAAGUGGAAGCAAACAAGGCUGGCAGAUAAGUAUAAUCUUUUCAAUUC